AUGGAUAGCAUGGAACGCAGACAACGCACCAAGGAACGCAGACAACGCACCGAAGAAGGCAGACAACGCACCGAAGAAGGCAGACAACGCACCAAGAAAGGCAGACAACGCACCAAGGAACGCAGACAACGCACCAAGAAAGGCAGACAACGCACCAAGAAAGGCAGACAACGCACCGAAGAAGGCAGACAACGCACCAAGGAACGCAGACAACGCACCGAAGAAGGCAGACAACGCACCAAGGAACGCAGACAACGCACCGAAGAAGGCAGACAACGCACCGAAGAAGGCAGACAACGCACCAAGAAAGGCAGACAACGCCCCGAAGAAGGCAGACAACGCACCAAGGAACGCAGACAACGCACCGAAGAAGGCAGACAACGCACCGAAGAAGACAGACAACGCCCCGAAGAAAGGCAGACAACGCACCGAAGAAAGGCAGACAACGCACCAAGAAAGGCAGACAACGCCCCGAAGAAGGCAGACAACGCACCAAGGAACGCAGACAACGCACCGAAGAAGGCAGACAACGCACCGAAGAAGACAGACAACGCCCCGAAGAAAGGCAGACAACGCACCGAAGAAAGGCAGACAACGCACCGAAGAAAGGCAGACAACGCACCGAAGAAGGCAGACAACGCACCAAGGAACGCAGACAACGCACCGAAGAAGGCAGACAACGCACCGAAGAAGGCAGACAACGCACCAAGAAAGGCAGACAACGCCCCGAAGAAGGCAGACAACGCACCAAGGAACGCAGACAACGCACCGAAGAAGGCAGACAACGCACCGAAGAAGACAGACAACGCCCCGAAGAAAGGCAGACAACGCACCGAAGAAAGGCAGACAACGCCCCGAAGAAGGCAGACAACGCACCAAGAAAGGCAGACAACGCACCAAGAAAGGCAGACAACGCACCAAGAAAGGCAGACAACGCACCAAGAAAGGCAGACAACGCACCAAGAAAGGCAGACAACGCACCAAGAAAGCCAAACACAGCAAACAGCUCCUGAAGCAGACCCUGCACCUCCCCCCAGACACGUCAGCCAACACCCCCACAUCAUCACAACAGAAUCUGUCGCCGCGGACCAAAGGCGUCGAUCAAUCAACACAGCCACAGAGGUCUCAAUAUACAUCUGA